GAGGCGCAGUGUGUGAGCAGCAGGCUGAGUCCUGACGAGGAGCAGGUGGAGGCGCUAAAGGCCGAGUGUAACGACACAGGCUGCAAGAUCCAGAGUCUGCAGGCUGAGACCGAAUCCAUCAGAGCACUGAAACGAGGUCUGGAGAACUCACUUGGAGACGCGCGUCACUGGCACGACAUGGAGCUGCAGAAUCUCGGCUCAGUUGUUGCCAAGCUAGAGGCGGAGCUAGCCGACGUUCGCAGCGAGAUUGAACAGCAGCGCCGUGACUACGACACGUUGCUUAGCAACAAGCAGCGCCUGGAGCAGGAGAUCGGCAUGUACCACGGAAUCCUGGACGGAGAAGAGCGACGCUUCCAGCCUGCCGAAGCCCAGUAUCCAGGUGUGCACUGGGAGUCUGAGGGAGCUGCUCCAGACUCAAAGACCGAGGCUCCAGGACCUCCAGGACAGUGAUCCAGAAAUGACCUCAGAGAUGACCAGAGGACUGAGCAGGAAGCUGCUGGGACACAGGAACAAAGCUGAGCUGUUGCAUCACUCCUGGACCCUAGAGUCAAAUGAUGUUGUCAUGACAACGAUUACAUACUUACAAGGCUGGAAGUGAAACACAUCAGUCAAAAUACAAGUGAGACUGAAGUAAAUAAAAACAUGUCAUCAAAUCAAAGUCUCAUCUGUUUGUGUCCUUCAGGUAACAUCAGCCGGGCUG